AAAAUCACUUUGACAAAUGUUUUGUGAUUGUUUUCUACUUUGAUGACAUUCAGGAAUCAAAAUAAUUUUAGACAUUAUUGUUAAUCUCAACAAUACAUUUAUUUGAAAGAUUCUCGAGAGAGUGUUUUCAAUGAACUGCUGUAAAAAAGAUGAGGAAGCUGAGAACGCGUCUUUUAAAAAAAUUCCACGUCCACCAAAUGCCUUCAUGCUAUUCGCAAACGCAAAUAGAAAAAUAAUGGCGCAGAAAUAUCCAACAGAGUCGAACAAAGACAUCAGUAAGCGAUUAGGUUGCAGUUGGAAAUCCCUAGAAAUCAGCGAGAAAAAUAAGUAUUUCGACAAGGCGAAGAUAAUUGAUAACGAACAUAAGAAGAAAUAUCCAAAUUAUGUUUAUAACCCGAAAGAGGCCAGAAUCCGCAAAGCGAUGCGUGAAGCGAAUCGAGACCGCUCAAUAGGGACUUCCCCCAUGCUCCCCAGACUUGGAGAACGUCUUCCACCACAUUCAGAAUGGACGCAGCCGCAAGAAGAUCCGUUGAUGUUGAGCCCAAUGCAUGAAAUGCGACGUUUGGAAGCAUCUGCUUGCAACUACUCCAUGCCGAGUUCUGAAAACCAUUUCGCAUCUCAGUAUGAUGUCUACAAUAAAAUGAAUUCUGCUCCAAUGGUGCCAAAUUAUAUGCAGUCAAGCCCGUUAGCCCAAUUACAACAACAGCAGUCCGAAAUGUGGCAUCCAUACCAAAAAAACAUCCCACCAAGAUUAGGCACACCUUUCCAUCGACCUAUGAUGCAGGGGAUGCCUCAGCCUCAAUACAUUCCUCACUCUGAACCGGUGCAAGAAGCUCCAACCAACCUCAUCAUGGAUAAAUCACAAGAGUCUCCUGUUUGUAUACCUCAAUCGCAUUUAGAGCCCAGUGCUCCUCCAGUACCUGAGAAGACCAUAUUGACGCCUCCUCUAUCUUGUGCUAACACACCAGAAGGGCCGAAUAAUUCAGCGCAGGUCAAUCAACAGCAUUUUCUCGAGAAGAGUGCUGUUGCCAUGGAUUGUAUGCAGACAACGAUAAUGGAGGGUAAACAGCGUGAUCAGUAUAAGCCUCCUGCGGAACCUGCUGUUAAUCGCAAGAGCUUCGAGCCUGCGCCCAAAGCUGAUACGGUGGUGGUGACUAAAAAGCCGCGUGGUAGACCACCAACGAAAAAAAUUGUGCAACCGCCUCCUGCACCAAAGCCUCUACCAGAUUUCAACGAGGCUUUUGGCUCGACAGAAAGGGGUCGAUUCCUCAGUCCACCAGAUCCGCGCUUGAACAAGAGCUAUUUCGACAUCAUGUUCGACAAUGAGAAUUUCGUAAAAUUCGACGAAUUUUAAACUGAAUUCAUGACCUAGGACAAUUGUUGUUAUGUUUUAUUGAGAGGGUUCCAAAUGGUCCAUCUGACCUGAUGGAAUUUUUGUACUUUACGAUGCAGGUCUUUGAAAAGACUUGAAAUAUAGUUAUUUUUCAUGGUACUCAAACCAUAGUACUUACUAUGGUUUGAAGUUGAAGUGCCUACAAACUCAUUCCUGAAAAGAAGACUGACAACUCUGGGGCUCAUUUCAUUUUAAAUUAUUUUCAAGAAGGCUUCUUGAAAAUGUACUUUAGUCAGGAAUAAAUAUCAAACCGGCGAAUUCGCCAUUUUGUAACUUCUAGAUUUUGUAUCAAAUCAGGUCAUUUCAAAGGUUGUUCUCAAUGGCGUAGAUGUUUUUUAUCUGGGAGGAUAAUUGAAAAAAAAUCUUCAGAUUCACAUCAAUCAUUUCACCAAUCCCAUCAUUGAAAUAUUCAAUAAUAGAAUUUUCUUUAUACAUUAUUAUAUUAGUCAAUGCAUAGUUAUGCAACUUUGGAAAGUUGUUGAGAAUGCUCGUAUGAAAUUUUUGGGUCAGUGGAAGAUUCUUAAGGGGUACAUUUUCAAUAAACUUUCUUGAAAAUAUAAGAUUCUUUAGAGAGCCGUAUAUUUUCAAGAAGCCUAAAUAUUAAACCGGCGACUUCACCAUUUUGCGAAUUCUAGGUUUUGUAUCAAAUCAGGUCAUUUCAAAGGUUGUUCUCAAUGGCGUAGAUCUUUUUUACUUGGGGAGAUAAUUGAAAAAAAAUUCUUCAGAUACACAUCAAUCAUUUUACCAAACCCAUCAUCGAAAUAUUCGAUAAUAGAAUUUUCCUUUUAUACAUUAUCAUAUUAGUCAUCGCAUAGUCAUAAAACUUUGGAAAGUUGUUGAGAAUGCUCCUAUGAAAGUUUUUGGGUCAGUGGAAGACUCUAUAGAAAACAGUACAUUUUCAAUAAGUCUUCUUGAAAAAGUAAG